AUGUUCGGUUAUGAUAUGUCUUGGGCUGCGUUCCAUGUGCUAGAAGUCAUGUCCUCCCAGAACUAUCUCCAAAAGCGAGUUGGCUACCUCGGAGCCGUUCAAAGCUUUCGACCAGACACUGAAGUUUUAAUGUUGACUACGAACCUGCUGAAGAAGGUUGUUAAAACAUCAACUAAGUACAGCUCAGGAUAUCGUUUCUCCGCUCGUGCCGACAAUGUCGUUACCCCUCUUAGCCCUUCCUCAUAUCAUUUCCCCGUCGCUAGCCCUGUCGCUGCUUUCGGAUUUGCUGCCCCGCCUCUCCCAUUCCCAUCCAUCGGUGCGGAAGAAGACCGCAGUAAACCUCUACCGGCUAUCCCUGGUGUAUCCAGAAGCGUUUCGAUUGGCGUGGCCGAAGAUAAAAGAGCGCCUAAUGGACGAGCAGGAAGACAGCAGUGUCACCGCCGCGGUGAUAAACGUGGUGUGAUUAAACUACAGACCAAAGCCACAUAUCCCGAAGCUAAAUUUUUAGUUUGCUUCGUUGACGCCGUUGGAACCGCGCCUUAUUCGCAAACUAUUGCGGCCUUUGACGACCAUUAUACAAACAACGUCCGCCAUGUCCCUUCUUUACGAGUGUAUCAACGGCGUUAUUCAAGGAGGGAUCCUCGAAGGCUCAGAGGGGGAAGCCAUUGCGCAUCUGCUUUACAGCUUGUAUCAACAAUGGUGACUAGCGACACUUUGCAACCUGUCGUCGAUCGAUUAAUAACUCAGCUUCGGACUUCGCCCCUUUCGGACGUCUCUGUAACAAAUUUGCCGCUUGAAGUGAAAUUAUCCGCGGAUAUUGAAGUGGAAGAUCCGGAAGUACCUCUGGCAGGAGCCAACAGGAAACAAGACGCUACGCUCGUGCUCCCAACCGAUUAUCGGAUGGAAGUUCUGGCUCGGAUUUUAGAGGCGUGCUCCCGCAACACUUAUUCCUCUAUCAUCGAUUUUGAAUGGUACGUUGAUGUUUUGGUGCAACUCGUGAAGCUAAUACCACCUUUACCCGAUCCCAGAGAGUGUGACUUUCUGGCGUCAAAAGGACAGGUGGAGGAUAAUCGAGCCUUUGCAGCGCGCAUCGGACUCGAGCUUCGCAAUGUGGCCGUUCGGGUCAAGAGUGCAAGGGCUAAAGCCACGCACGCCGCCGAGUCGUUGGUCUCAGUCGACCACCGUGCGGCCUUGUUCCCAAACACUAUCAACUCAGCCAUUCCGAUAUUAGAAUCGUCCUCGUGGGUUACGGGAGAAUUCUCAGAGUACCUUCUCGUGCCAGAACAGACACUGUCCUCUUUGGUUCAUCCAUCAAAUAUAACUCUGCCACCAAAGGUUUUAUCUUCAUAUCUUCAAGCCAUUCCUAAGGUCUUCGUUUUCCUCACAAGGAGCGCUUACGGCUGGAGCUCGGUGAGACAGAACGAAAUCUUGAUUAUCAUUGCGCGCAUCGUGAGCUUCUUAGAAAGUCUUUCCUCUCACCACGAUUUGGAUGUGCAGGAGCGCGCAAUUGAAUUUCUGGAACUAUUUCGUAUAGUUUCAGAAUCUGUCUCAAAGACAGAAACUGAUACAGAAAAUGCUCCGUUACUUCUAUAUUCGGUUAUUCCAAGCCUAUUUGCUGGCCUAGAUCUCAAUCCAGUGGCAGCUGAUGCUCAGAGGAAGGUACCGACGCCACGCUUUCUGGAUUUGGAUAGCCCGCUGAAUAAGCAACUCCCCCAUAUUCUAAAUGAAUUCGAAAAUGGGUCCCUUGAUCUCUGGGCCCAUGAUGAUUUCCACGAUUUCUACAACGCCCCGCAACCCUCUUUGAGCGGGAAACCGUCCCCCCAGGAAACGCUACCCUCGAACAAACCACAAUCUGGCUCGUAUCAAAACCUAUCAGACGAUUUUCUCAGUCCUAUCGAGGCUUCCAGAAGACGAGCUGAACGGAGAGAGCGGAAUAAAGACGAUCCUUUCUACAUUCAACAGAGCGUAGAUUCCUUUGAACCAUCGAGAUCAUCACACUCCGCCCUUCGGGAAACUCCUAGUGAAAUCCUGGAUGUCGACUCGAUUCCUAUAGUUGACCUUGCGGUGGAGAAAGACAAUAUUCAAAUACUUGAUGCACGGCAGGCAGAGAAACCGAGACAUCGGCGCAAAAAUUUUGACAUAAUAGCUGACGAAACUAUCGAUGUAAAUGAGGCUUCCUUGAAUGCUAAAGCCAGUUUGGUUUCCAGGGUGGUUAAAACUAGGAAGCCACUCCUUGAAGUUGACUCCAGCGGCCUCGAUCAUUUGACUCUAGAAGAGAAGUUCGAAACCAACUCUCAUCCUAAUAAGCUGCAACAUGGUGAUCUAGAAACAAAUGAAAUGGCUGAGGCUAUGGCAAGAAUCGAGCAGGCCCGGUUAGAAAUGCAACGCGUCUCGGAAUGUAUUCAUGCUAGCGAUGAGAUACCUUCAGACGGCGCGUUAGUUAAACGGAAGAAGCGAAAGUUGGGUUCUGCCGAAGGAAAAAAACGCAGGAAACCAGCUGCGCAAAAGGCUGCGGAGUUAACCUGCAAUGCCUCGGAGUGUACAAAUAAUGACGAGGCGACGGUGGGAAAAAAGAAGAAGAAAAAGAGAGUAGGGAAGAAAGAGACAUCCUAUCAGGCCCAAGCAGUGAUUGUUGCACAUAUGACUACUCAGUUAAUGAGUUUAAGGUUUAAGCUCCGAACUUAUUAG